GUUCCUGGCGAACCCCUCUCCGAGGCAACUAAAGCACUCGAAUUCAGCACCUUGCAACUGCAGUCGUUCCGCCCGUUGAAGUCCUUUUGCCAGCACGUGAGCACGUGGGCGCACUACGCGCAGAGCCCUGGGCGCAUGAUCGAGACGCACCACCUGGUGGCGCGACUGACAGAGGACGUUCUUCAAUGUAUCGUCUUCGACAGUGACCAGCCCAACGCGCGCAUCGUUGGUGUGGAGUACAUCGUAUCGGAGGCGGUGUUUGAGAAGCUUCCAGAGGAGGAGAAGCACCUGUGGCACUCGCACUACUAUGAGAUAUGUGAGGGCCUGUGGGUGAACCCCGGGGUGCCAGAGACCAUGCAGCAGCAGGAGCUGAAGAAACUCGUGAAGACGUACGGCAAGUUCUGGAACACAUGGCAAUUCGACCGAGGAGACCCCCUCCCCCUCGGCCCCCCCGCCCUCAUGCUUUCCCCCCAAGACCACCCCUUGGGGCGCGUUCCCCGUGCUCUGGUGGAGCAGAGGGAUGCUUCUUUGGGGAUAGAGACGGGGGAGAAGCGGGAGCAGCGGGCGGCGCUAGUGGACAAGGAGUGGGCGGCGACGGGGAAGGACCGGGCGGCGGACUGGUGGAUGGAGAGUGGGAAGGGGUGGGUGACUGAAAUGAGGGCUGCUGAGCUGGAGAGUAUGGGGAUGGGGAAGGGUGGGGAGGAGACGGGGGGUGUGCCGUCUGUGGUUAUCGGGGGAGGGGAAGGGGAGGAGGGGAAGAAGGAAGGGGAGAAAAUGGGGAAGGAGCGUGGCAUGGGGGAGGAGGAGACGGGUUUGGCUGGUCGUCCAGCCCAGUCCUCAGUGAUUACUCUUGAGUGA